AAGACAGGCAGGGAAGGCUGGCUGUGUCCUCCUGAAGAGGCACACUCACCCUGGGAACAGCUGGAAACACCGCACAGCCUACUCAGGAGGAAAUCCAAAUUAUUUAUUUAUUGGUUUGUUUGUUUGUUUGUUUGUUUGUUUGUUUGUUUGUUUGUUUGUUUAAAUAAGAAGACUCCCACACAAAGCCAGCAAACAUGGGAUUUUUAGAAGGACACAAGUAUGAGGCAACUCCAACAUCAGAGAAAGAAGGAAAGAAGAAGAAAGGAAAGAAGAAGGGACAUAGAGACAUAGAAGAACUGAAGAAGGAAGUUGAUUUGGAUGAUCAUAAGCUAGCGUUCGAUGAGAUCCAGCGGAAGUAUGGCACUGAUCUCGAACGGGGUUUAACCAUCAGCCGUGCCUCUGAGAUCCUGGCGCGAGAUGGCCCCAAUGUCCUGACUCCUCCUGUCACCACCCCCGAGUGGGUCAAGUUCUGCAAGCAGAUGUUCGGCGGUUUCUCCAUGCUUCUGUGGACUGGAGCCUUCCUCUGUUACUUUGCUUAUGCAAUUCAACAAGCCACAGACCCAGAACCCGUCAAUGACAAUCUGUACCUGGGAAUUGCACUUACUUUUGUUGUGAUCAUUAGUGGCUUCUUCUCAUAUUACCAAGAAGCUAAAAGCUCCAGGAUCAUGGAUUCAUUCAAGAAAAUGGUUCCACAGCAAGCGCUGGUUAUCCGAGACGGUGAAAAGAAGAGCAUCCAUGCGGAGGAGGUUGUUGUUGGAGACCUGGUGGAAGUGAAGGGGGGAGACCGGAUACCUGCUGAUCUGAGAAUCAUCUCGGCUCACGGCUGCAAGGUUGACAAUUCUUCCCUAACUGGUGAGUCUGAACCUCAGACCAGAUCUCCUGACUUCUCCAAUGAAAAUCCUCUUGAGACCAGGAACAUUGCCUUCUUCCCUACCAACUGUGUUGAAGGCACUGCUCGUGGGAUUGUCAUCAACACUGGCGACAAUACUGUGAUGGGACGUAUUGCAACUCUUGCUUCUGGUCUGGAAGUUGGUCGCACACCUAUUUCUAUUGAAUUAGAGCACUUCAUCCGCAUCAUCACUGGGGUGGCGGUGUUCCUGGGGGUCUCUUUCUUCAUCCUCUCCCUGAUCCUUGGCUACAAUUGGCUAGAGGCCGUCAUCUUCCUGAUUGGAAUCAUUGUAGCCAAUGUACCUGAAGGUCUCCUGGCUACUGUCACUGUCUGUCUGACUCUCACAGCGAAACGUAUGGCCCGUAAGAACUGCCUGGUGAAGAAUCUGGAAGCUGUGGAGACUCUGGGGUCCACCUCUACCAUUUGCUCGGACAAGACUGGAACCCUGACCCAGAACAGAAUGACUGUUGCUCAUUUGUGGUUUGAUAACCAAAUUCACAAAGUUGACACCACAGAGGAUCAAAGCGGUAUCUCCUUUGACAAAAGCUCCCCAUCCUGGCCUGCUCUGGCCCGUAUUGCUGGGUUGUGUAACCGUGCUGUGUUUAUGUCUGACCAGGAGAAUUUACCAGUGCUGAAGAGAGAUGUUGCUGGUGAUGCCUCAGAAGCUGCCCUGCUGAAAUGUAUUGAGAUGUGCUGUGGGUCUGUGAAAGGAAUGAGAGAUCAGUAUCCCAAAGUGGCAGAAAUCCCCUUCAACUCAACCAACAAGUACCAGCUGUCUAUCCAUAAGAACCCAAAUCCAUCCGAAUCCCGAUUCCUCUUGGUGAUGAAGGGCGCCCCAGAAAGAAUUCUCGACCGCUGCUCCACCAUCCUGAUGCAGGGCAAGGAACAGCCUUUGGAGGAUGAGAUGAAAGAUGCUUUCCAGAAUGCCUACCUUGAGCUCGGUGGCCUGGGAGAGAGAGUGCUUGGAUUUUGCCACUUUGCCCUGCCUGAUGACCAGUUUACUGGAGGGUUUGAGUUUGACACCGAUGAGGUGAACUUCCCAACUGAGAACCUCUGUUUUGUGGGCUUGAUGGCCAUGAUUGAUCCUCCCCGUGCUGCUGUGCCUGAUGCUGUUAGCAAGUGCAGGAGUGCAGGAAUUAAGGUUAUCAUGGUUACUGGUGACCACCCCAUUACGGCCAAGGCCAUUGCAAAGGGUGUUGGGAUCAUCUCUGAGGGCAACGAAACUGUGGAAGAUAUUGCAGCCCGUCUGAAAAUCCCUGUUGCUGAAGUCAACCCGAGAGAUGCCAAAGCCUGUGUAGUUCACGGCAGUGACCUGAAGGAUCUGACUUCCGAGCAGCUGGAUGACAUCCUGAAACACCACACUGAGAUUGUGUUUGCUCGAACCUCUCCUCAGCAGAAGCUCAUCAUCGUGGAGGGCUGCCAACGACAGGGGGCCGUUGUAGCCGUGACUGGUGACGGAGUCAACGACUCCCCUGCCCUGAAGAAAGCAGAUAUCGGUGUUGCUAUGGGCAUAGCUGGAUCAGACGUCUCCAAACAGGCUGCUGACAUGAUCCUGCUGGAUGACAACUUUGCUUCCAUUGUGACCGGUGUAGAAGAAGGCCGUUUGAUCUUUGACAACCUGAAGAAGUCCAUUGCCUACACCCUGACCAGUAACAUUCCUGAGAUCACACCUUUCCUGCUCUACAUCAUUGCCAACAUUCCUCUGCCACUGGGAACUGUCACCAUUCUGUGCAUUGACUUGGGCACUGACUUGAUCCCUGCGAUCUCCUAUGCCUAUGAAAAAGCAGAGAGUGACAUCAUGAAGAGAAACCCCAGGAAUAUCUUCACCGACAAGCUGGUGAAUGAAAGAUUGAUCAGUAUGGCCUAUGGUCAAAUCGGAAUGAUUCAAGCCUUGGGAGGAUUUUUCACCUUUUUCGUCAUUCUUGGUGAAUAUGGUUUUCUUCCGUCAAGGCUUAUGGGAAUCCGUGUUACCUGGGAUGACAAAUAUAUCAAUGACUUGGAAGACAGCUAUGGACAGCAGUGGACCUAUGAGCAAAGAAAGAUUGUUGAGUACACCUGCCAAACAGCCUUCUUUGUUACCAUUGUGAUUUGCCAGUGGAUGGUGUUAAUCAUCUGUAAAACAAGAAGAAACUCAGUCUUCCAACAGGGACUGAGAAACAAAAUCCUGGUCUUUGGCCUGUUUGAAGAGACGGCGUUGGCUGCCCUCCUGUCUUACUGCCCAGGAAUGGACAUUGCCCUCAGAAUGUACCCACUCAAGCCCCACUGGUGGUUCUGCCCCUUUCCCUUUGCUCUCUUCAUCUUCGUCUAUGACGAGAUCCGGAAAUACAUCCUCCGACGCUGUCCAGGAGGUUGGGUGGAGAAAGAGACAUACUAUUAGGGUUCUCUACAUCAUACAGGCCGGUGCAUGAGUCUUACAGCUCUGACCUUUAACAGCUCAGUUAGAGAAUCAAGACUUUUUGUGCCUUUGUUGUGGAGUACCUAGAACUGUAUGUUUUUAACUCUGUAAAUGAAAAUAAAAUUUCACAGUUACUA